AAAUAACCCUUCUUUCUAUCGGACGUUCCCUUCUUCCGAAUCUUCACCGACUCCAUCUACCUCCACCCUAACUCCAUCGACCACUCCCUCCGCCUUCACCACCAACGCCCACCACUUUCAUCGAUCCUCCCUCAAUCGAACACCUCUACCUCCGUCAACGAUCAACAACAGCUACCAAUCAACAAUUCUUAAUCCGCUUCUGCUGCCUAUGCUAGAAAGAUCAAGCUCGAGAACUCUAAGAUCGUUAGGGUUUUCGCUGAUCUUUCACGCAGCUAUACGAAUCUCAUCUCGAAACCUUCUUAUAAAGCUUUGUUCAACUCAGAUGCAGAAUCAACAGACGAAGUGAUGCUCCGUUAGUUCAAGAAAGAAGUGAAAGAGCGGAUUAAUGUAAAUCGUUCCGUUAGUCAGCAGAGCCGGACGAUGGCGUCGUUGCCGCCUCCAUCAGAUGGCUCCGUCAGAUGGCUUUAUGUGCUAUUUUGUUCAUACAUUUACGACAAAGGAUAAUGGAACAUGAUAGGUGCUCAAAAUCUCAUAUAAUUGUUCAUCAAUGGCAGCCAUGUAAAUUCCUCGAGGAACUCGGAGACUUCAUGGAAUCGUUCAUCAAUGGCAGUCAUCGCUCGAUUCCAUAUCCUCCAACAGUCGUCUUCAGUUCUAAAACCUACUGUAAUCUCGUCGAAAUUCCCUCAUCAAUCUUCUUUGCCACCGUUUUAUUGUAACCCUAGUUUCUUUCGAAACAACACUCAUAUACGCAAGCUUCAUCUCACUCCAUCACUCUGCGCCAAUUCGAGCCCGACUCCUGAGAAUUCUUCUUCAAGCGGGCCAAGUAGUUCGAUAGUUGGUCAUCUUCUAGAAUAUCUCAACGAGUCUUGGACUCAGUUUCAUGCCACAGCUGAAGCAAAACUCCAAUUAGUUGCUUUUGCUGGAUUUCAUCUGAAUCUAUAA